CGUCUAUUACGAAACGAUUCGCACCUUUUAUGAAGCAUUCGUAAUCGCUGCCUUCUUCGCAUUGUUAACCCAGUUCGUGGGUGACGCGUCCGAAGAAAGAAAGGAAAGAUUACGGGAAAAGGGCGAAAUGAGCUAUCCGUUCCCAUUUGGUUGCAUCACCUACGAACCAAAGAGCACUUCUCAUUUAUUUUUCAUCAAAUGGGGUGUACUUCAAUAUGUGGUGAUUAAUCCGCUGAUCACCGUCGCGGCGUUGGUCACAGAAACAUUAGGAGUGUAUUGCGCGGAGAGCAUGAGUUUUCACUUUGCGCGAGUCUAUUUAAGCAUUGUUGAAUUUUUCAGCGUCACCAUUGCCAUGUAUGCUCUGAUCACUUUCUACAUAACCAUCAAAACCGAAAUUGAGGAUGAGAAACCACUCUACAAAUUCGCCUGCGUUAAACUUGACGUCUAUCAUGAGGUCGUGUUUAUCACCAAGUAUGUUUGGUAUCUACUUAGCGGCAAGAAAUUGCCUGACUCUACCAGCAGGGCAUUAAACAUUUAUGGAGCUAUACACGCCAAUGACCGAACUACUUAUACGCCAUUAAAGGACAUGUACCACUAUGAACUGCAUGAACAAACGCCAUUGGAUAUUAAGCUAGACGAAGAUGCAGAGGAGAAUGCGGGUAAGGUAGAGGAGAAUGCGGGUAAUAUGGAGGAGAAAGGGGAGAAACGUUCUUAA